UUACAAACACUUGCCAGUGCAUAUUGAAUAUUGUGUGUUUACAUGUAUGACAGCGCUGCUAGAGAAGUGACGCUUUUUAACGCCAACAAAACCAGUGCAGCUGAAAUACGGCUUUUGUCAAAAGAAAAUCCCUUUAGGAAUAAGCAGUAGGUAACGUAACCGCCUGAGCUCCUCACAGAAGCAUAAAAUGAACGGAAAAGUCCUACCGGACACUCCCAUAGCCGUAGACUGUUGGCAGCUCCGUAAGUGCCAUCACGUCCGACUGUUCUUUCUGUCUCACAUGCACGCGGAUCACACCUCUGGCCUGUCAUCCUCCUGGAGUCACAGGCCCAUCUACUGCUCACCCCUCACUGCCAAACUGCUCCAGCUCAAACUGCAGGUCAGACAGAAAUGGAUUCGUCCUUUGGAGAUUGGGGAAGCUCACAUGCUGUUGCUAGAUGAUCUUGGAAAAGAGCGGCUGACCGUUACUCUAAUAGAUGCCAAUCACUGUCCUGGGGCAGUUAUGUUUCUCUUCGAGGGAUACUUUGGCACCAGACUCUACACUGGUGACUUCCGUUAUACCCCAUCCAUGCUCCGUGAGCAAUGUCUGAGGAACAACACUACUAUUGACGUGCUGUAUCUGGACAACACAAACUGUGACCCCACUCGAGCUGUACCUUCUCGUCAGCGAGCCACUCAGCAAAUUAAAGAGAUCAUUAGGGCUCAUUCUGGAUACGCCGUUGUUAUUGGUCUUUACUCUCUGGGUAAAGAGUCCUUGCUGGUGGAGCUGGCUAUGGAGUUUAAAACAUGGGUGGAGGUGGAUAGAGAGCGUCUGGAAACCUUGCGAGUUCUGGAGCUUCCUGACGUUUUCACCACUGACUCUGGUGCGGGCCGGAUUCGUGUGGUCUCUCAGUCUGUGAUCAACGCCUCCAACUUGCUGGCAUGGAAUAAAGUGCAGCCUACCAUCGCUAUAUUGCCCACCAGUCGCCCUAUGGUCUCCUGCCACCCUAAUGUCUAUGUGGUGCCAUACUCUGAUCAUUCCUCCUACCAGGAGCUAGAGGACUUUGUGUCUGCCCUGAAACCUUUCUCACUAGUGCCUAUAGUGGGCAACUGCCUGCCUUAUUUUUCUUCCCUUCUGAGCCCCCGCAAGAAGUCUAAAGAGGUGGUGAUUCCAGAGUCGGUCAAGCACUACAUGAUGAACAAUUCUAAUAUUCAGGCCUCCACAAACGGCAUGACAGGCGUGCUUCAAAGAACCUCACGUCUUGAGUCUCGAGGGGUGGUGUUUGACUCUCCAGAGUCAAAAAUAACCCGUCUUAGUCACAAUGACGGGGAUUCAGAUGAUGUGGAUGUAGAUCAUGAUACUGUGAAUGGGAAUUCUAAGAUGGAUCAAGAUUCUGACUGCAUUCUUCUAGACAUGAGCACCGACUCUUACCAUGGCCCACGUGGCAAGCAUUUGAAACUCGUCCGAGUUGCAUCGGAAGAUGUCGUCACGAUUGGCAGCAGCCUUCCUCCGGAUGACAACGAAUCCAUUUGUACACUUAAAGAUGUAGGAUCACCUGAUCACAGCUCCAUGUACGAAUGUGAGCAUGAAAGUCCAACAAAAUCAUCCAAGGAGAAGAGUCCUCAAAUGGGCAGCACCAACUGUAGAGAGAUGUGCUCAUCGAUGGACAGCAUCAGCAUCCAUGAUCAGACCUGUGUUUCCUCUGCGGCUGCACUCACACCCCCUGAAACAAGACCAGCGGCCUCUGCCUUGACCCUCAGAUUAGAGCGAGAGCAGUGGCUCCUUCAGAACUUCACCAUACCCGCUGAAGAAUGCAAAAGUGACCACGUGUUGUGUGGACUUUAUGAAAUGUUUCGCAUUAAUCAGGUUGAUCUUCCUAAACCACCAGGUGAUCCUCUUGAAGCGGCUAUAAAGGAGAUUCAAAAGUCUAAAUAAAGCAGUUUGUGAUUAAGAUAAGCACUUAUGUUUAUGUAAAUGUUUAAUAAUUAUGUAUCAGUGACAACAGUAUUGUCUCCAAGUCAUUAGUGCUGUGCCAAAAACUGUUGAUGGCAUCAAUCUGAUGGUAUUAUUUUCAGUUCUAAUGUUUGACACAUCACACCAACAUGUUUUCAUAUGUAGCAUUUACAAAGCACCUUAUUGUGGCAGAUUUGUUUUUAGAUGGAAAUAAAUGUUCUCAUUAAAAGUGA